UUCUCCUUACAUUCCCUUACAAACGAUCUAACGAUUUCUCGCUAAAAAACUCGUAAACCAAAUCUGCUGCACGAAACUUGCAAUCGAAUUUAACUUUUCCAUCUUGUGCUAGUGUCUAAGCUAUUCGGUUGGUACUCGGUAUCGUUGAUGAUACCGUGAAAAGCGGGAAAAGACAAGAUUCAUUGGGUUGGUAGUUAGUAUGUAGUAUCGAACAGACAAACAUUGGUAGUGGUGGUGAUGGUGGUGGUGGCGGUGGUGAUGGUGGUGGUGGUGGUGAUGAUGGUGGUGGUAGUAACGUUAGAGGCAGCAAAGUUGUGCAGGCCAGUAGUCGGGACUCGGGACUCGGUUGCGCUCGUAUGCGAUGAAAGAGGUUCGAAAGCACGAGGCGAGUCAGUAGAUGGUCGAGGGGAAUCGAGCGAGGUCGUGCUCCGUUUCCGUAAUUCUUUCAAUCUUUUUACUUGAAUCUGAACUUUGUCGAUUGUUGUUUACGAGUCGUGCUUGGAUCGCAUUCGAUUUUUCCAGUGAUUUCUAAAACUCUUGUAACGAAGAAACAGAAAGUGUACGUGGUGGAAGAGAACAGCAUAAAAGAGGAAAAGGAAACCUUGUCCGUGUUACACGUGUACGGUGGUAUCCACCCCAUGAAAAAUAGUGUGUGAAAGUAGUAGUGGAUGUACGGUGAUCAAGAAUAGAAGAGCACCACCCGUGACUAUUGCUGCUGACAAAAAUGACCCAUCGCGUGCUGGAAUCCAUCUCGGAGCUGUCCACAUUGAUGAAAGUCGGUGGUGGGAUGACUGGUUCCGAAAAGGAUGCUGGUUUCUGCAGCGGAGGCGACGAGGACGACAUGUCUGGUCUCCACUCGCCGAGCGCCUCGGAGGAUAGCGUGGAGGUACAGGUAACACCGAUAUCCUUGAAGAACAAGAGGAAACUAGCCGAACCACGAAAGAUUCAGGAACCUAGUACGGCACCAUUGAAGAAGAGAAGAUUCGAGCAAAUCGAGGAAGAAAUCGUGCAGGACGAAGAGUCCAGAACUCUUCGAUCACCGAGUCCGUUCAGACCAUGGAACUGUUCCAGCAAAAGCAUCGGUGUGGAAAGACCGAGUGUGUUCUCCUUACUGUCGGAUGCACCACCGUUCUCCGUAACGUCUCUUACCUCGAAGCGAAUCAAUCGUGUAGACGACAGCGACAACAUCCUCGAGGAUGAUCGCGAACGCGGUCAGAAUUCAGAGAAUAACGAUGUUUCUGGAAAUGCCGAGGGAAACAAAGAGUCCCGAAGAAGACGAAACGAGUUACAGACAAACCGAGACCAUCUACCGCCAAGGUUGCGUCAUGCGACUCGUGAAAAAUUCGAUUCAUCGACAGUAACCAACGUUACGGAAACAACCACGACGGUCACCUCAACGUCUGUACUACGAUCCACGACGAUGCAUACGAGGUUGCAAGAAGAACCAUUGUCGCUCGUCCUGAGAGAAGACGUAACUAGCAGGGUGCCCUCGCAUCCAGCAAUAAACGGAAGUUACGAAAAACCCUGUUCGUACACCGUCGAACGACCAAACGUCUCGUCCGCUUUGUUAUCCUCGUCGCCACCGCCUCCGCCAUUGUCAUCUUCCUCCGCUUCCCUCUCUUCGUUAUCCUCCUUGUCAUCUUCCGCAUCGUCCUCGUCCUCGUCCUCGUCCUCGUCCUCGUCCUCUUCCUCGUCCUCGUCUUCAUCCUCAUCCUCCUCGUCGUCGUCGUCGUCGUCGUCGUCGUCAUUGUCUUCCUCCUCUCUAUCAUCAUCCUCCUCGUCGUUUCAUCGUCAACCGAAUCAUCGAACCGACUCCUCCACUGGCAGUGGUUCCUUCUCGACGGCGAUGUCUACGACCGCAACCAUUACGACCACCGCCACUGCCACAACUACCACCACCACCACGAACAUCCAAACCGGUCACUCGAGGCAACAUCCAGUAGCGGGUCAACAGAGAAAUUACAAGAAUAUGACCCGAGAAAGGAGAAUAGAAGCGAAUGCGAGAGAAAGAACGAGAGUGCAUACGAUAAGCGCCGCGUUCGACACUCUCAGACGAGCCAUUCCUGCUUAUUCUCAUAAUCAAAAGUUGUCCAAGUUGUCCGUUUUGAGAAUCGCCUGCAGUUACAUUAUGACUCUUGGUAAAAUCGUGAACCCUACCGUGGAAAACGAGCCGAGCAAUGGUGCUUCAUUGAGGGCCUGCGUCGAUCUCGUUUCCAGGACCAUCCAAACCGAAGGCAAACUGCGAAAGAGAAAAGAAGACUGAGUGAGAAUUACGAUACGCGUAACCAAUUAUGUACCAUUUUUCGUAUCCCACCGACCCUCGCCUCGAAUCGUUUACCAUUUACGCAUUUAAUCUUUCUACUUUUUCUCUCUUUCGAUCGUUUGCGGGAAAUUCGAGGCGGAAUAGCGAAUACAAACUUGCCAAAACUCUCUUGGUCCAAUACCAACAGAUGCAAGAUGCAAAACGCGAAUUUCAUCGCGAACAGAAAAGUCUUUCCAAACUGUUCACCCUAUUUCGAUUCUGUACAUCGAUCGAACACGAUCUAAUUGUAACCCUUCGAUGUUGCGUAAAGUUGAUGUUGCGAAGCGUGUACGUACGUACACGCUUCAUGCUUGUGCUAUCUCUCAUGAUUCGAAUAAAUAAAAUUCGACAGAUGAACGUAGACCGGUGGUAUGUACAUACAUACAUACAUACAUACAUA